CAGGUUGACAGAGGAGUUACUCUAAGUGAAGCUCUCCUUAGGCAUGACAAGUGGCUUGAGAAGAAAGGGAUAAAGAAUACCAACUUUGCUGUUGUGACAUGGUCCAGUUGGGAUUGCCGUGUGAUGUUGGAAUCAGAAUGCCGAUACAAGAAGAUAAGGAAGCCUCCUUAUUUCAACCGAUGGAUCAACUUGAAGGUUCCUUUCAAAGAGGUUUUUGGAGGUGCAAGGUGCAAUUUGAAAGAGGCGGUCCAAAUGGCUGGCCUAGCAUGGCAGGGCCGUGCACACUGUGGUCUUGAUGAUGCCAAAAAUACAGCCCGCUUGCUUGCUUUGCUCAUGCACAGGGGUUUCAGAUUCUCUAUCACUGAUUCUCUGAUGUAUCAUUUUAGUAAUGAACCCUCUACAUGGAAGCUACCCCCAGAUCACCCAUCGUUUCCCUCUUAUCAACCUCAAAAGACGAGGGACAUGCCUCCAGGAUUGCAAAAUCAUCAGCCUUACUGUUUCUGUGGAGUAAGAAGCAGCAAAGGGAUGUUCCGGAAACCAGGUCCAAAGCAAGGAAGCUUAUUCUUCGGGUGUGGGAAUUGGACUGCUGCUAGAGGUGCCUGUUGCCAGUAUUUCGAGUGGGCCUUGUCCUGAAGGACCAGAAAAAAUGACAUAACAUUAUUCAGCCGAAUCAUCAUCAUCUCUCUCUUUCUCGCUUCUUUCUCUCUAUGUAAAAAGUGAAACGAAAAGACUUGGUUGAUGACUGUUUGAGGAAGUGAGUCUACACUUCUCUUGUGGAGAUCUUCACUUCCUACCAAAGUAAAUAUGGAUAGUUGAAUCAAACCCUUUGGUUUCCAGUUAAUGUUUAUGAGCGGUAAACUUAGGAAAUGAAAGAUGGAAUGAUCCAACCAUUUUAAACUGACUUGUUAACAGUGAUUGAACUCUAUGGAGAUGAGUAAUGGUGUAGUUAGAAGCAUGCAUUGACAUGCCCAGACAUGCUUUAUUGUGUUAAAAAUAACGUGUGAGCAUUUGCUAUUCAAUGGGAAUGAUAGCAGAGUUGCUUGCUCAUAA